ACACAAAUUUGUAGGCAUCCGAACAAAACACGCCAGAUACUUUGAUACUUUGAAUGCCAGCCGCACCGAACAAUAAGGAAACUAAUAAAGACUCUCAGAAUCUAAUACAAGAAAAUAGAAUACUAAAUAUAGUAAGUGAUAAGUGAUAAAAAGUGUUGCUUUCUUUCGUUCUCAAUUGAAAUAUUAUAACAAUAAAAUGUCAUUAGUGUCAGAAAAAUGAAAAAUUGCAUUAAAUAAGUGCUUUCACGUAAUUUACGGAGUGAUGUCGUAAAAAAUCGAGAAACCAAGAACGAACAAUUUUAAGAAAAGAGUUAGUAAUAGAGUUGCGUGCAAUUGUGAUUAAUAAUGUGAGUCAUGGUGCUGCUAAGAAGUGAAAAAUAAACCGGAUAUCCGUUAAACCCAAAGAGUAUCGUGAGGAAAAAGUUUAUUACUGGACUUCAACUCCUGAAAACACGUUUUCACACAAAGCAAGUGUAAGGGAAAUAUACAAAAAAUUCAGCUAAUAAUAAACAUUCUUUGUGGGAAAAAGUAAUUUAUUGGUGAAAAACUAGUAAAAGUGCAACCAAACCAACAGUUACAACAGUUACAACAGUUACAACAGUUACAACAAUUGUAAUAAUAAUAACCGCAACUAUAAAAACAAGUGAACGACAAACGCGUCGAGGACGUUCAUAGAGCCACAGUUUUUCUAUUUUUCAGCGUCUGCCUGUGUUGGCUGUGAAAUGGUCAAAAUGGAAUUUCUUAAAAGGAAACAUUUUUCACUGUGGAUUAGUGCAGCGUUACUCCUUGGUGUUGUCUUAAAUGAGACAACAGCAUUGCAGGGUGUACCAACAUGGAUGUGCUUGGGUAUGAAAUCACCAUUCAUAGAGUUCACCAAUGAAGUGGAAUUAUUAGCAAAUAAUAGCGUCCCGCUAAAUAUCACCAAAGAUGAGCAAGCUCUUAUGCAUCAAGAAGGCUUACGUAAAUUGGGUACAUUUAUAAAACCAGUCGAUUUGCGAGAUUCAUCAACUGGUUUUGUUAAAGCAAAUUUAACAAAAAAAGUUUAUGGUGGAACAGUUGGCAUCCAAAUGCCACGUAGAAUGCAUCCCAUACAAGAGGAAAUGGAUCAGAAACAAAUUAUAUUACUUGAUGAAGAUACCGAUGAAAACGGUUUGCCUGCCAGUUUAACUGAUGAAGAUCGUAGAUUUAUUGUUCCAAUGGCACUAAAAAAUGCAUCACCUGAUCCACGUAUACCUAUAACAACACCAAAAACAACAACGACAACACGUGCUACUACGACCACAUCCAAAAAGACCACCACGUCGGUAUCGCCCGAUUUUGCUGCCAAUAUUGAUGAUCUAAAAAAUCAUAUACUCUUUUUGCAAAAUCUGACAAAACAUGAUAGUAAUUUUCAAUCUAAAUUUGUAGUUUUUCCCAGUCUUCAAAAAGAUAAAUACAAACAAACUAUAGGAACUACUACAGUGCGUCCACAAAGACCUAUUUUUCAUUAUUCUGCUCCAAUAUUACCACCUACUCGAAAAACUGCAACAAAUAAAUCACCGAUUGGUCAACCAUUUGGUGGAUACUAUCACAAUGAAGAUGAUGAUAGCAUGUCUAUCUUUUUAUCACAAGCUGGCAACAGUGAUCGUGAUAAAAUAACAAUAGUGCCACAAGUUCUACUACUAAACGAUCAAACAAAUGGCAAAAAACUUGAUUUCGAUCAAUUUAGUAGUACUUCAACAACUCCACUACCGACAACUACUUCUACCACACCCGGCACUACCACACCGAGACGUCCGACUAAGAAACCCGUAUGCCUACGAAAUCCGGAAUCACAAAAAUGUGUUCGCCAACGAAAACGAGAAGAGCUACAAAGGCAGCGAGAUCGUGAACAAUGGCUACGCGAACAAGCCGAGUACUUACAACCACGUUUCGAACCCUGGGUGCAGACACUAAACAACACCAAACGUUUUGCAGUUUCAAUAGAGAUACCAGAUUCUUUUAAGAAAAUGAUGAACAAAUCGAAUGAUGAACAGAUGCAGCCUUUUGGUGAGAUGGUGCUGCCGGUGCUUUCGCGUGCAGUAAGAUCUCAACCAAAGCGUCGAAAUAUUGGUGGUGGCUUACAAGGACGCAAUGGUGAUAAAUUUGCUACAAAAUAUGGCACCACUCAUUUUGAACGAGAAGCUGUCUUAGCAAAUGGAGCGCGUGAUUUUCUGCUUGCUAAUCCAGAUCAAUACUCUUUGCUACAAAAUGGCACAAGUCCCAGUCCUACAGUAGCGGCGUAUUCUGAAGUUGUUGAUUUAAAUCCCGACAAUUGCUAUUUGGUAGAUGGUAUGACAUAUGGGCAGAAAAAGCAAUGCGUUCUACAUACAAGUGUUAUGCCAGCAAUAAGCAGAGGCGCACGCGCUGCUAUACAGGAAUGCCAAUAUCAAUUUAAAAAUCGUCGCUGGAAUUGCAGCACUACUGAGGAUAACACAGUGUUCGGCCCGAUGACUGGUUUGGGUUCACCGGAAAUGGCAUUUAUUCAUGCCUUGGCUGCCGCCACUGUUACAAGUUUUAUAGCACGUGCCUGUCGAGAUGGUCAAUUGGCUUCGUGUGGCUGCUCGCGCGGUUCCAGACCAAAACAAUUGCACGACGAUUGGACUUGGGGUGGAUGUGGCGAUAAUUUGGAAUAUGCGUACAAGUUUGCUACUGAUUUUAUUGAUAUACGUGAGAAGGAAACACGACGUGGUACACGUGGUGCUGGUAAUCCUGAACGUAAACGUGGUCGUUUUCAUCAAAGACGUAACCAACAAAUGCAAGCAGAUGAUGCUGGCGCAGUUGCUGCAACUUUUAAGAAAAUUAAUGUUACUACAACGACGAUGAAAUCAGCACGCAACAUAACAGCAGCAACAACUUUGAAAGCACCAACUAAUAUAUCAACAACAACAGCCAGUACAACAAUAGAAAAUAUCAACAAUGACAACAAUCAACAAAUUUUCAAUAAAACUGUCAAGAAUGAUGCAAACAACAUGAGUAACAGUGGUAUUAGCAGCAGUAGUAGCAGUAGUAGUGGCAGCAAUGACAACAGCAACAGCAACAGUCAGUUGCCAACAGUCGUGACAGCAAGUUCAAAGGACACAUUGUUAAAGUCAUCUUCUGUGGCGCCACCAAAACAGGAAGAAUCAUCUGAGGAAGACACUAAUUGA